AUGGCAUCAUACCAACGACAUGCAAAUGCAGAAGUCAUCGCAAAGAUUGAGGCGAUAUUCGAGAACAUUGCAGAUAGCCUCCUCAACGAAGAAAAUCCAUACGUUCCCGUGAACGAUAUCUUCAUUCCCUUGAGAAAUAAGAAGCAUACACCACUGAAUGGUAAUGCGCCUAGUCUAUUUGACGCCGAGCCCUCAAACGGCUUCACAAAUGUUUCUUUCCCAGCAAAAGGGCGGCCGAAAGAAGCUUGGAGAUUCACGGUACUUAUUCGCAUCCUGGACCUCAUGCAUGAGGCUCUCUGUGACAAUGUCAUCGUCUCUAAGAGGAACAUCUACUACAAAGAUCCUGCGCUUUUCAAGACUCAAUUAACCGUGGAUUACUAUGUGGACAUUAUUGCAUACACCUUUGGCGUCUCAAGACUCGCUCUCAACGUUACUGCCGCUGCGAAAGGUCUUGUCGCCGGGAACUUCAUCUUGAAGAGGCCGGAUGGCACACAGGCUUAUAGAAAGCCCGGCGUGGUAUGCACGCUCCAGCGGAUACGAAACAGUUACGGCGCUCACAGAUCGUCCCAGCCACAACUUAUCGACGAUCCCCACGACGUCCAAGCGAUCGACAUUUCCGGUGUCGCCUGGAUCCUGGUGAUUGAGAAAGAAGUCUGUCUCUGGUCCAAGGGCGUGUUCAGCGCUGACGACCCCCAGUCCACAUUUCGAACGCUGGCGUCAAGCAAUCUCCAGCAGAGCUCACGCGCAGGAAAUGGCAUAAUGCUCACCGCAAAAGGCUACCCCGACAUUUCUACCCGAUCCUUCCUGCGUCUCCUCUCAGGCUCUCAUGAUCUCGACAGCAUCUCUCCGCCCAUCUAUGCUCUCACCGAUUUCGAUCCGGAUGGCUUGGCCAUCAUGUCCACCUACAAACACGGCUCGUUCAAGCUCUCCCACGAAAGCGCUGGCCUGAAUGUUCCAGGCAUACAAUGGCUGGGCGUAAAGAGCCAAGAUGUUCUUGCUGGAAACGGACAGAAUGAGUACAACGGUCUGCUGAGACUCAAUGCAAGGAAUAGGAAAAAGGCGGUAGACAUGCUGGAGAGGAGUGAGAUUCUUCAGGAGGGUAGCAAGGAAGAAGAGUGGAGACAUGAGUUGCAGAUCAUGCUAAUGCUGAACGUCAAAGCGGAAAUGGAGGUCCUGGCUGAAGGGGAAGGAGGCGUUAAGGGGUGGGUCGAGAAGAAGCUGCUAGUGAAUGGCACCAGCUUGCCUGCGGAUGAAGACUUGCUUGAAACACAUCAGUUGGCGGAUAUAACGCUUGGCGAAGACAGAUUUCCCAGCCGGCAAGCGAAUGAGGAGGACUUCUUGCUUGACACGCAUGGGACGCCAGAGAUGUCAGCUGUAGGAGAAGGUUCCCCAAGUUUGGAAGCGGAUGAGGACUUGCUUGAUACAUAUCAGAUGGCGGACACCGCAUUUGCUGACGAAGGUUCGCCCAUCUCGCAACUGGAUGAGGAUUUGCUGGAAACACAUCAAGUGGGAGAUAUGUCUCUCGCAGAAGAAGCUUCCCCCGGCUUAGAAUGGGACGAGGAGCUUUGA